AUGGGAGCAAACGAGGAGUUUAUUUCUCCACUUGACUUGGCAAAAAGAUUGAGAUCCAAUACGCAUAACCCGUCAGAGACGCUCCUGUCGAUACAAUGCUUAAGUAAACCUCUCUCUAUAAACAGGGGCCAAGUGAGAGAAAUAAGAAGGCUUUCGAGGUUUCUUUUCCAUCUUUCUGUAGACAAGGAUGUGCUUGUGUCUUUGGUAUUCAAUUCUGAGGCAAUUGAUGUAUUCAUGGAUUUUAGCAAAAUAACGGUACACAGAGUAUACGAUGGAAUUUAUUAUAGCGUCGAUAUCGAAAUGUGA